AUGCCUGCAAUGCCACCACAAAUGAUGAACAUGCCGAUGAGUGGAGCACAUACGGAAGAUGGAAGGCAACCCACGGCCAUCGGCUACCACGUUGAAGUCCAUCAGUUCGAUGUAUUCGCCAACCCACCGGAACAGGAGACUUCUCAGAAUACGACCAGCAACGCUUUACCACCAAGCACAGUGACACAGUCUGCUUCUUCCAAUGGUCCCGUUCCGCCAAGUACCGUAAGGCCUUCCGUGCCUAGUUCUUUUGCCCAUGGUAGGAUGCGUCAAGCAGGUUCUUCUGGACAUCUUCCUUUCAUGAUGGGAAAUAUGAACUUCCCCACUGAUUUGCAUGUCACUGCACCUCGUCAGGAGAUAGUGAACGUCGAUCCAUUCUUGUCAUGUAAUAGCCGCUUCACCGAUGUGCAGCGCGUUCUACGAAGUAGCAACCCUGGAGCUGCCAUGCACUUGUCGCCAUUUCGGCGUUUCAUGCGUGUGAGUUUGUUUUUGUCUAAAUUAGUGAAUGUUUUUGUUUGUUUUUCACUUUUUCAAUUGUUUUCACCUGUUUUCAUUGCCAAUGAAUUAUGAUU